AUGCCUCGCCUCCCGCAGUCAUGGCUCACGCUGCGGACCAGCAGCAGUGCCGUAUCACUAGUAGCAAAGGGCACAAGCCAUACAAGCAAUGCCGUCCACACGAUGCCUGACAGACCGGUACGUCUACUCCGACCACCGCAGCACCAAGGCCUGCAGCGCUUCAGUACCAGCGCGCAACACCACAAAAAGACACCACCUCUCCCACCGCGUCCAACACUCCCCUCCGACGACAUCAUACAUGUCUACCUCAAAGGCUCCGGGCCGGGCGGUCAGAAAAUCAACAAGACGAACAGCGCCGCACAGCUGACACAUCUGCCCACGGGAAUAGUGGUGAAAUCGCAGGCGACGCGCUCCCGCCUGCAGAACUACAACAUCGCACGUCGCAUUCUCGCGGAGAAGGUCGAAUUGCUGGAGAAGGGGGAUGAGAGCCGUGUGAUGAAGAGGCAGGAGUUCGAUCGCAAGAAGAAGGCCAGUAAGAGUAAGAAGAGCCGGAGGAAAUAUCGUGCUCUUGAGGCGAGAGACGGGGAACAGGACGAGGGUGAGGUUGAGGUUGAAGAUGAUGCAGGGGCUCUGGCAGCUGGGCUCGAAGCGCCUGGAAGCCAUGAGAGACUGCCCGGCGGCGACCGAGGUGCCAUCAAAUCGGCGACCGCAUUGUCAGUGUCAAAGAAGGAAGCAGCACGAAGCAACAGCACAGAUUCACCGAUUUGA